CACAGCCCCGUGCAGCCUUUGUCUGCCAGUGGGGCUGGAGUGUGAGCAGGGGCCGGGCGGGCAGGCAGCACCCGCCCUCCCGCCGGCCACCACCACCGCCCCUCACUCUGGCCCCUUUUUGCAGCUGACGAUCGUAAGCCUCUCACUGCCCGUGGUGGCUGCCCACCCCACACCACAGUGCCGGCACGGAGGAUGCCCGUUGAGGCACUGCAAGCCAGCGACGCCAUGAAGGGGGUGACGGUGACAGCGCCCUUCACCUCGGCCAUGCCCAUCCGCAUCCUCCGCAAGGGCCCUGCAUAUUUCCGCCGGUGUGCUGAGCCAGGUGCCGGGAAGCCCAGUGCAGUGGAGAGGCUGGAGGCCGACAAGGCCAAGUAUGUGAAGAGCCAGCGGGUAGCCAGCACCAAGCAGGAGCCGGUGAAGCCGCCACUGCUCAAGCAGCCCCUCUUCACGCCGGGUGUGCGCCGGGCUGCUCUCACCCCCAGCCGCAGGGCACUCCCGGGGCCACGCCGUGGCGAGGCUGGCAGCCCGAAGACUUCCCUUGACCUGGAGAUCCUCAACAACCUCAUCAACCUCUGCGACAGCCCCUUCCCCAAGGCAGAGAGCCCGCUGGGCCGGGAGUGCAAGUGGAGGACGGAGGCACCGGCAGCGCUGGGCGGCGGGGUGGAGAGUGCUGGCAAGCCACCAGAGAACUCUGCUGCUGCCAAGCCCCCCGGCAGCAUGGCCGUGCGGAGGGUGGAUGUCCAUCCCUGCGGGGCUCCACGGGGCCUGGUGACACCAGUGCCUGCAUCCCCCAUCCCGGCUGGGCUGUCUGUGUCCCCGGCACAGAGCUCGCCUUCCCGCCCUGAGAGCACCCGCCGGCAGCCCCUGCUGCAUCGCUCCAAGUCGGACCUGAGCGACCGGCUCUCACGGGCCACUGCCGACCUGGAACGCUUCUUCAACUACUGCGGCCUCGACCCUGAGGAGGUGCAGGACAUGGGUGCCGAGCGCUUCGCCCGUGCCAGCUCCGACAUCGUGUCCCUCAAGUUUCACAGCGUGAGCACAGCCAGCUCGGAGGCCGGCCACUCGCCACCCAGCGCUGCCACGCCGGAGGGGCGGCCAGCUGAGCGCGUCCCCUAUGGCAUCUCCAUCAUUGAGCGCAACGCCCGCGUCAUCAAGUGGCUGUAUGGGCUGCGCCAGGCCAGGGAACCCCAGCAGGUCUCUGAUGUGUAGCAGUGCUGUGGUGGUGGCGGGCGCUGGGGAUGGGUUGCUCGCAAACAGGCAGUGCUGGACAGGGAGGGAGCGCAGACUGUGCAGGAGCACAGGGACCUCUUGGUGGUGACAGAACCCUUGAACUCAGCCCCCACCUUGCUUCCCUGCCCCUUGUGCCACAGUUGCAGUGGCAGAGCCCCAGUGUGAUGGCCAGGCAUCCUUCCUGCUGGCUCUGGCUCUCUCAGACCCACAUGCUGGCACUGGAGAGCCAGGUUCCCAUGAGCCUGUGGGAGGACAGAGGACACAUGUCCCUGGGUGUGCGGCCGGUCCCCAACACCCUCCCCUCACUUGCUCCAGCAGAAGCCCAUGUGUGGUUGGCCUGCCUGCCCUGCUCCUCACCAGCACCCAUGGGUGGGGGUAAGGGGCUGCUGGUCCCUCCCUGCAUGGAGCAGGGACACAGCCCCAGGGGAAGGAGCUGCCCCCCUGCCAUCUCCACUGAGAGGGCCACGAUGCCUGGGGAGGAGGCUGUAUCUUGGCAACUCCCAUCUUAAUGCUGGAGGUCUGGGAGAAGUGGGGUGCUUUGCACCCCAGGGCUGCAUGUGUGUGUGUCUGUGAGCACUUGGAUCCCCUCAUGGGUGCCAGGGGGCACACAGAUCUGGGCAUGCUGGGCCCUCUUAUUUAUGAAGAUGAUGUUUACUGUGGUCUCUCUCUCAUUUCUACUGUUUUUCCUGAUGUUUGAUCUGGACAAAAUUUAAUAGUAACGACAAUGCAGCUGUUUUUAUUAAAUCUAUGUGCUUUG